AUGGAAACCACCACGGCGACUAUGCGUCUCCCGGGAGGGAUUGAUGCCACCUGCGGCAAGAUGGCCCUCUCACCCCUCACCGACAGUUACGACUACUCUGCUACAGGAGCGAUGGUCGUUGAUACUCUCCCGUGGUGUCUUCCCGACUCCCCGUCUGCGUACUUGGACGACCCGGUGUGCGACUAUGCCUCUCUGGCCAGAGGCUCCAACUCAGGCUCUGUCUACCCCAACCUCGGCCCUAUCAACUGGACAGCCGGCUACUCGGACCCCCUUGCUGGCAUGACGUACGGCCCGCCGAGCUCCCUGCUCCCGCCGGAUCCUUUUGUUGAGACCGACUCGGACGGCUGCGAUCAAGACACCUUCACUUUGACCAGUGAUCCUGACGCUCCCGGUUACAUUGCUUCUGCCGAACCUCGCAGCCACAAGCGGACCUGGUCCGAAGACUCGGCCUUAGACUCGGCCGAUGACAGAGCCAAGGCCGCCAAAGCGUUCAAGUCCCGCAUCCCCGGCAGGCGGCACGGCGUCCAACUGCGUACCGCCUCUCGAAAGCCUCGUAAGCCGUCUACCUCGUCCUGCUCCUCCAACGGCUCUGCCUCGUCCAUGUCCAUCAAGCGCUCACCCUCGGAGGAGCCCGAUGAUGACCUCACUCCGGAAGAGCGCCGCGCCCGCCGAAACCACAACUUGGUUGAGAAGCAGUACCGCAACCGCCUCAAUGCCCAGUUCGAGCGCCUACUGGCCGUGUUGCCGGUCGACCAGCUUCGUGGCAAUGGCUCGCUGUCUGGCGAUGGCAAGCCUGAAGGCAGCACGAUCAAAUCGAGCAGCAGCCACACAAACGAGGAGAAGAGGAUGAGCAAGGCUGAGGUGCUGGACCUGGCGACGAAGCGGAUCCGUGCCCUCGAGAUGGAUCGUGAUCGGCUCGUCCGGGAACGGAAGGAGAUCCUCAGGAACAUCCAGCUCAUGAUGGCCGGAGUCGCUGCCAGGCAGCAGGGGGUUGGCGUCAACGUUAGCGUUGGCCACAGCGUCAGUGGGAUGGGUGUUGUAGGGGUUAAGGGGAUGGAGUGA